CUUCCUUAGUUUACAGACAUGCACCUCUGAAGGCAGCACUCUUAUAACAACAUAGAUACAAUGAUAAUGACUUAAUACAGUCUAGUGAUGAAGUAGUUUUUGCCUCAGUCCACGCAGGAAGGCAGCGGACAUGUCUGCUAGUGUGUUACUCUUCGUUGCCUGUUUGGCUUUCAGUGGAAACUUGGUUUUAGGAGACAGGACUUUCUCUAUUGACUACAAAAACAACUGUUUCCUGAAAGAUGGGAAACCUUUUCAGUACAUCUCAGGCAGCAUCCAUUACUCCAGAAUCCCUCGGUACUACUGGAAGGACCGGCUAAUGAAGAUGUACAUGACUGGACUCAAUGCCAUCCAAGUAUAUGUGCCUUGGAACUACCAUGAAACAGUACAGGGGGUCCAAAACUUCACAGGGGACCGAGAUCUGGAGCAUUUUUUGGACCUGGCCAAUCAGACAGGUCUUCUAGUAAUCCUACGUCCAGGACCAUACAUCUGUGCAGAGUGGGAAAUGGGUGGACUGCCAGCAUGGCUCCUUCAAAAACCAAACAUCAUACUUCGCUCAGCUGAUGCAGAUUAUAUCCAGGCUGUCAGCAACUGGCUUGCGGUCCUACUCCCUAAAAUAAAGCCUUGGCUGUAUAACAAUGGGGGCAACAUCAUUACAGUGCAGGUGGAGAACGAAUAUGGAAGUUACUUUGCCUGUGACUACAACUACAUGCGUCACCUGCGGACUCUGUUUGGCUUCUUCCUGGGUGAAGAGACAGUCCUGUUCACCACUGACGGAAACACAGACAAGGAAAUGAUCUGUGGGACUCUGCAGGGAUUAUACGCCACAGUAGACUUUGGCACAGAUACCGACAUAAGUGAAGCCUUUAAACGGCAAAGGAGGUUUGAAGCUCAAGGACCCUUGGUGAACUCAGAGUUUUACACAGGCUGGUUGGACCACUGGGGAGAUCAGCAUGCUGAGGUUAAUGCUCAGAAGGUCAGCAGAGUGCUAGGAGAAAUGCUAACCAUGGGGGCCAACGUCAACAUGUACAUGUUUGAAGGAGGCAGUAACUUUGGCUAUUGGAAUGGUGCCGAUCAUGACGCAAGGUACCGCUCAGUGGUUACGAGUUAUGAUUACGACGCUCCGCUGACUGAGGCAGGAGACCCCACAGAGAAGCUGCUGGCCAUCAGAGAUGUUAUUAAGAAGUUUAAAGAUGUUCCCUCUGGACCCAUGCCACCAGCCACCCCUAAGUUUGCCUAUGGUUUUGUGACCCUAAAAAAGGUUGGAAACAUCUGCAGCCUGCUAAACAUCAUUGCACCACUUGGGCCAGUGAAAUCCCAGCACCCUCUGUCGUUUGAAGAAAUGAAACAGUUCUAUGGAUAUAUGCUCUAUCGAACCACGCUGCCCAGGGACCUCCCACAGCCCACGCCACUUAUCUCUCCACUGAAUGGGGUUCAUGACCGUGCAUAUGUGUCCGUCAAUGGGGUUUACCAGAGCCUGUUGGAGAGAGACACCAUGCUGGUGACAAACAUCACAGGAAAGCAAGGGGACACUUUGGACAUCCUUGUAGAGAACAUGGGCAGGGUGAACUUUGGCAGCAAGAUCAACGAUUACAAGGGACUCUUGAGCAACCUUUACCUGGGUAAAGACUUAUUAACAGAUUGGCAGAUAUACCCUUUGGACAUUGAUGGAGCCAUUGCUGCUGGUUGGCCUCAUUCAGACAGUGAGAAGUCCUUCACCACUCCUCGGAAGGAACCUUUAGUUGGACCAGUCUUCUACUCUGGGACUUUAAAACCCAACGGCCUUUCUUGGGACACCUUUCUCAAGCUCCAUGAAUGGACAAAGGGUCAGGUUUGGAUCAACGGUAUGAAUCUAGGACGAUACUGGCCAGCUAGAGGCCCUCAACAGACUCUUUAUGUUCCUGGACCUCUGCUCAGCACCACCCUGCCCAACAACAUCACAGUGCUCGAGCUGGAGGGGGCCCCGGCACACCUCCGGGUCCUUUUCAUGGACCGGCCUCAGCUAGACCUUACAGCUGGAAAGUCCUGACAGUUUUAAAACUUGUAACUUGUUUUAAAACUGUUAGUUUUAAAAACUUCCCAAAUCUGUUGAAAGUACUUUGUACAAGCAAAUCAGAAGAAGUCCUUUCAACAGUUCAACUGACAGGGGAAAUAGUUUGUUCUGCAUCAUCUCUGUGGCACCUUUACUCUCAAUUACCUCAGAUAUCCGUGUUCAUUUGUUGCCAAUUCUACAUCAGUCACUUUUUUGCUUUUUUUUCACCAGUAGCUUCAGUCAAAUAAUCAAAUUACGAUUAUGUAUUUAGGGUUAAACAUUCAUUAACAUCUUUAGGGAAGAAAAGCAGUGAUUUAAAAACAAUAUUGCAGUUUUUAUUGCUUUUUUUAUUUCCAAAAAUUGCAGAUACUGUUAAUAAAUUAUACAAUUACUUCUUGAACUUUUGAUACUGUAAGAUCAUUCAGUUGUCUGUGAUUCUCUGCCAUAAUAAAAUGUUAUUUUCAAA